AUGGUGAACCUACUUCGCUCCCUCUCGCUGCUGCUCUCAGCGGGAGCGGCCUACGCGUCGCUCCAGAUCGUGCCCGGGGCGACGGUGACCGGUGCCAACACCGGCGCCCAUGUCCAGGCGCAUGGUGCAGGAGUCAUCGAGGUCGAUGGGACGUACUACCUGAUCGGCGAGGACAAGACCACGGGCUCGGCGUUCCAGAACAUCAACUGUUAUUCAUCCAAGGACCUCGUCUCGUGGACGUAUGUGGGCGCGCUGCUGUCGCGCACCGCGUCGGGCGACCUGGGCCCCAGCCGGGUCGUCGAGAGGCCCAAGGUCAUCUACAACUCUUCGACACGAAAGUAUGUUAUGUACUUGCACAUCGACGAUUCUUCGUACGGCGAGGCCAAGGUCGGCGUGGCGACGGGGGACUCGGUCUGCGGCAAGUAUACCUACAUUAGCAGCUGGCGGCCGCUGGGGUUCCAGUCGCGCGAUAUUGGGCUGUACCAGGAUGAUGAUGGGAAGGCGUACCUGCUGACGGAAGACCGUGCCAAUGGCCUCCGGAUCGACGCACUCACAUCGGACUACCUCAACGUCUCGUCCGCCGUCUACACCUUUGGCAGCUACGAAGCACCAGCGAUCGUCAAGAAAAAUGGCUACUACUUCCUGUUUGCGUCGAAGCUGACGGGAUGGAACGCGAAUGACAAUGUUUACACAUACUCGACGAGCCUCUCAUCCGGGUGGUCUGCUUGGGCGACUUUCGCAACCGCGGGCAGCAACACAUACACGUCGCAGACCAACUACGUCCUGCCCGUGUCUAACAGCCUGACGAUGUACAUGGGCGACCGCUGGGUGUCGACCAACCUGAUGGCGUCGACAUACGUGUGGCUGCCACUCACGUUCUCGGGCACAAAGGUCACGAUGGCCAACCAAGUCAACUGGAUCCCCAACGUGGCGAGCGGCGGGGCCUGGACGGUCGGGCCGAGCGAGAGCCAGGCCGAGGGCGAGGCAGCCACCCUCACCAACGGCGCGAAGACGGUGACCUGCAGCGGGUGCAGCGGGGGCUCGGCGGCCGGGUAUAUUGGGGGCAGCACGGGAGGCACGGUCACGUUCAACGGGGUGGUGAGCAGCGCGGCGACGACGAGCUCGAUCCGGAUCAAGUACCAGAACGGCGACAGCUCGCAGCGGUACGCGGACGUGUCGUGCAACGGGGUCAAGCAGAAGGUGGCGUUCCUGCCGACGGCCUCGGGCAACGGGACGCCCGGGUCGAGCGUGGUCAACUGUGCGCUGCGGUCGGGGAGUGACAAUGUGGUUGUUGUCUCGCAGACCGACGGGACUUAUGGGCCUGACGUGGACAGGAUCAUGGUGCCUGCGAGCUAG